ACAUUAUAUUUUAUAUAUAUAAAAAUAAAAAAAGCUUUUUCUUUAAUUUUUAACAGAAAGAAAGAAAGAAACCAUGUAAAAAAAAAUAUAUGAAAAAAUAAAACGUUUCGGAGUUGCAGAUAUGGUGUUAUUCAGAGGUGAAUUUAAGUAGAACAAGUAGUCAGUGGCUCGGAAAUCUGGCAUUAUUAUUUGGUGUAUUGUGUUCUGAACAAUAUGGCUCAGACCAACUGGGAAGCAGAUAAAAUGUUAGAUGUGUACAUCCACGAUUAUUUAGUAAAGAGGGAUUUAAAGGCUUCUGCUCAAGCAUUCCAAGCUGAAGGGAAAGUGUCAUCGGAUCCUGUUGCUAUUGAUGCUCCUGGAGGCUUUCUCUUUGAAUGGUGGUCUGUAUUCUGGGAUAUAUUUAUAGCUAGAACCAAUGAGAAGCAUUCAGAAGUUGCUGCGUCUUAUAUUGAGACACAGUUAAUUAAAGCAAGGGAACAACAGCAGCAGCAGCAGCAGUUCCAACAACAACAACCACAGCAACCACAGCACCAACAACAACAGCAGCAGCACAUCCAAAUGCAACAACUUCUAUUGCAGAGGCAUGCUCAGCAGCAACAGCAACAGCAACAGCAACAGCAACAACAGCAGCAGCAGGCACCACCACAACAGCAGCGAAGAGAAGGGAGCCACAUUUUAAAUGGUACUACUAAUGGACUUGUUGGAAGUGAUCCGCUCAUGCGACAAAAUCCAGGAACAGCUAAUGCCAUGGCUACAAAGAUGUAUGAGGAGCGAUUAAAGCUGCCUUCUCAAAGAGAUCCUUUAGAUGAUGCAGCUAUGAAGCAGCAAAGAUUUGGUGAGAGUGUGGGCCAACUUUUGGAUCCAACAAGUCAGACCUCCAUAUUAAAGUCACCUGCAGCAUCCAGCCAGCCAUCAGGGCAAGUAUUGCAUGGUUCAGCUGGAGCGAUGUCUCCUCAAGUUCAAGCUCGAAAUCAACAAUUGCCAGGGUCCACCCCGGACAUAAAGCCUGAAACUAAUCCAGUUUUGAACCCCCGAGGUGCUGGUCAAGAAGGAUCAUUAGUAGGAAUGCCCGGGUCAAAUCAAGGAGGAAACAAUUUGACUUUAAAAGGGUGGCCUCUGACAGGUCUGGAUCAUAUUCGCACUGGGUUUCUCCAGCAACAAAAGCCUUUUAUGCAGGCUCCUCAGCCCUUUCAUCAACUUCAGAUGUUGACACCACAACACCAACUUAUGCUUGCACAACAAAAUUUGUCCUCACCAUCUGCUAGUGAUGAAAAUAGAAGACUUAGAAUGCUUUUGAGUAACCGAAAUUUGGGUCUUGUAAAGGAUGGCUUUUCGAGUUCUGUUGGAGAUGUGGUUCCCAAUGUUGGAUCCCAACUUCAAGGGAGUGGGGGUCAUGUUUUGCCUCGUGGAGAUACGGAUAUGCUGAUUAAGUUAAAAAUGGCUCAACUACAGCAGCAGCAACAGCAACAACAGAACAGUACACCGUCACAGCAGCUACAGCAACAUUCAAAUCAGCAGUCACAGAGUUCCAAUCACAAUCCACACCAAGAUAAGAUGGGUGGUGCUGGCAGUGUGACCAUGGACGGUAGCAUAUCAAACUCCUUUCGAGGAAAUGACCAGGGUUCAAAAAGCCAGACUGGUAGAAAGCGAAAACAGCCAGUGUCAUCUUCGGGUCCUGCAAAUAGCUCAGGAACGGCAAAUACAGCUGGACCUUCACCAAGCUCAGCUCCCUCAACACCUUCAACUCACACACCUGGGGAUGUGAUCUCAAUGCCUGCAUUGACCCAUAGUGGUAGUUCUUCAAAGCCUUUCAUAUUUGCAGCUGAUGGUACUGGUACUCUUACAUCACCAUCAAAUCAGUUGUGGGAUGAUAAAGAUCUUGAAUUGCAGGCUGAUAUGGAUCGAUUUGUAGAUGAUGGAUCCCUUGAGGACAAUGUGGAGUCUUUCUUAUCCCAUGAUGAUGCAGACCCCAGAGAUGCUGCUGGUCGUUGUAUGGAUGUUAGCAAAGGGUUUACAUUUGCAGAAGUAAAUUCUGUUAGAGCAAGCACGAGCAAAGUUAUAUGUUGUCACUUCUCAUCGGAUGGAAAACUGCUUGCUAGUGGUGGCCAUGAUAAAAAGGCUGUAUUAUGGUACACGGAUUCCUUAAAGUCUAAAACUUCACUUGAGGAACAUUCAGCAUUGAUUACUGAUGUUCGUUUUAGUCCAAGCAUGUCACGGCUUGCUACGUCCUCAUUUGAUAAAACUGUUAGGGUUUGGGAUGCUGACAAUCCCGGUUAUUCACUACGCACCUUUAUGGGACAUUCCAACACUGUAAUGUCAUUAGACUUCCACCCAAAUAAAGAAGAUCUUCUCAGCUCUUGUGACAGCGAUGGUGAGAUACGAUAUUGGAGUAUUAACAAUGGCAGUUGUGCUAGAGUGUUCAAGGGUGGUACGGCACAGAUGAGAUUCCAACCCCGUUUUGGGAGGUACCUGGCUGCAGCUGCAGAUAACCUUGUAUCUAUACUGGAUGUGGAGACUCAAGUUUGUCGGAAUUCACUACAGGGGCAUACUAAGCCAGUCCAUUCUGUGUGCUGGGAUCCUUCGGGUGAGUUACUUGCAUCGGUGAGUGAGGACUCCGUCAGAGUCUGGUCGCUUGGGUCAGGAAAUGAAGGGGAAUGUGUUCACGAGUUGAGCUGCAGCGGAAAUAAAUUCCAUUCCUGUGUUUUCCAUCCUACUUAUCCUUCACUGUUAGUUGUAGGCUGUUACCAGUCGUUGGAGCUCUGGAACAUGAUGGAAAACAAGACAAUGACAAUAUCAGCUCAUGAAGGACUUAUUGCAGCCUUGGCCGUGUCCCCUCUCACAGGUUUGGUAGCUUCAGCCAGUCAUGAUAAGUUUGUCAAGCUUUGGAAGUGAGACCAGUUCCUGCCCCCCUCCUACUAGUUUAACCAUACAGGAUUAGCUUCUUCUCAGGAUCGAUUAAAUUGGAUGUAGUAGUUUGUUUCUGCCUCGGUUAUUCGAUUUUUUUUCUUUUUAACGUCCUAUGUAACUUCUGAACUUUGACCAAGUAAAAUAUUAUUUCUCUUGUUCUAUUUGUAUCCAUGCUUUUGCAUACCUGUAUUUGGUUGCUCAAUUAAUUUUGAAAAACCUGAACUUUGCUUCA